CCGGCCCCGGCCCGGGGGAGGCGGUGCGGGAUGCCGCCGCCGCCGCCGCCUCCUGGUCCGGGCUCGGCUUGGUCCUUAGUCCUGUGUAAGUGGCCGCGCCGGGCCCCCGCUCGCCUUGCCCUCCGCUGGGGCCGGGCGUGAGAGCACGGCCUCCUCCUCCUCCUCCUCCUCCUCCUCCUCCUCCUCCUCUUCCUUGUCCUCGUCCUCUCCGCCCCCUGGCGCCCCGCUCGGCCGCCGCCGCCCCCCAGAGGAGCCCCCGGGGCACCAUGCAGGCGCUGCAGCUCCAGUACGAGUUCUUCAGCGAGGAAAACGCGCCCAAGUGGAGGGGGCUGCUGGUGACGGCCCUGAAAAAGGUCCAGAUGCAAGUCCAUCCUACACUUGCUUCAAAUGAGGAUGCUCUCCAGUAUGUUGAAGAGUUAAUUUUACAGUUGUUAAGUAUGCUGUGCCAAGCUCAACCCCGAAGCGUUUUAGAUGUUGAGGAUCGUGUACAAAAAAGUUUUCCUCAUCCAAUUGAUAAGUGGGCGAUAGCUGAUGCUCAAUCCGCUAAUGAAAAGAGGAAGCGAAGAAAUCCAUUAUCUCUCCCAGUAGAAAAAAUUCACCCUUUAUUAAAGGAAGUUCUAGGAUAUAAAAUUGACCACCAGGUUUCUGUUUACAUAGUGGCAGUAUUAGAAUACAUUUCUGCAGAUAUUUUAAAGCUGGUUGGAAAUUAUGUACGGAAUAUACGACAUUAUGAAAUUACAAAACAGGACAUCAAAGUAGCAAUGUGUGCUGAUAAGGUAUUGAUGGAUAUGUUUCAUCAAGAUGUAGAAGAUAUAAAUAUAUUAUCUUUAACUGAUGAAGAACCUUCCACUUCAGGGGAACAAACGUACUAUGACUUGGUAAAAGGAUUCAUGGCUGAAGUUCGACAAUAUAUAAGGGAACUUAAUCUCAUUAUUAAAGUUUUUAGAGAACCAUUUGUCUCCAAUUCAAAAUUAUUUUCUUCUCACGAUGUAGAAAAUAUAUUUAGUCGUAUAGCAGAUGUUCAUGAACUCAGUGUAAAAUUAUUGGGCCAUAUAGAAGACACUGUAGAAAUGACAGAUGAAGGCAGUCCCCAUCCAUUAGUUGGUAGCUGCUUUGAAGACUUAGCAGAGGAAUUGGCAUUUGAUCCAUAUGAAUCAUAUGCUCAAGACAUAUUGCGACCUGGUUUUCAUGAUCACUUUCUUAGUCAGUUAUCCAAGCCUGGGGCAGCCCUCUACUUGCAGUCAAUAGGUGAAGGUUUCAAAGAAGCUGUUCAGUAUGUUUUACCCAGGCUACUUCUAGCUCCUGUGUACCACUGUCUACAUUACUUUGAACUUUUAAAGCAGUUAGAAGAGAAGAGUGAAGACCAAGAAGACAAAGAAUGUUUGAAACAAGCAAUAACGGCUUUGCUUAACCUUCAGAGCAGUAUGGAAAGAAUAUGUUCCAAAAGUCUUGCAAAACGGAGAUUGAGCGAAUCUGCAUGUCGAUUUUAUAGCCAACAGAUGAAGGGAAAACAACUAGCAAUAAAGAAAAUGAAUGAGAUUCAGAAGAACAUUGAUGGGUGGGAGGGAAAAGACAUUGGACAGUGUUGCAAUGAGUUUAUCAUGGAAGGAACUCUCACACGUGUAGGUGCCAAACAUGAGAGACACAUAUUUCUCUUUGAUGGUCUGAUGAUUUGCUGUAAAUCAAAUCAUGGUCAGCCAAGACUUCCUGGUGCUAGCAAUGCUGAGUAUCGUCUCAAAGAGAAGUUUUUUAUGCGCAAGGUACAAAUCAAUGAUAAGGAUGACACUAAUGAAUACAAACAUGCCUUUGAAAUAAUCUUAAAAGAUGAAAAUAGUGUUAUAUUUUCUGCCAAGUCAGCUGAGGAGAAAAACAACUGGAUGGCAGCACUGAUAUCAUUACAAUAUCGUAGUACUCUGGAAAGGAUGCUGGAUGUAACAAUGUUACAAGAGGAGAAGGAAGAGCAGAUGAGGCUUCCAAGUUCAGAUCUUUAUAGAUUUGCAGAACCAGAUUCUGAAGAAAACAUAGUAUUUGAAGAAAACAUGCAACCCAAAUCUGGAAUUCCAAUCAUCAAAGCAGGAACCGUUAUCAAACUUAUAGAGCGACUCACCUACCAUAUGUAUGCUGAUCCCAAUUUUGUUCGGACAUUUCUUACAACAUAUAGAUCUUUCUGCAAGCCUCAAGAGCUACUGAGUCUUCUAAUAGAGAGGUUUGAAAUUCCAGAGCCAGAGCCAACAGAAGCUGAUAAGAUAGCUAUGGAGAAUGGAGAUCAACCCCUGAGUGUGGAACUAAAACGAUUUAGAAAAGAAUAUAUACAACCCGUACAACUUCGAGUACUAAAUGUAUGUCGGCAUUGGGUAGAACAUCACUUCUAUGAUUUUGAAAGGGAUACAGAUCUUUUGCAACGACUGGAAGAAUUUAUUGGAACAGUAAGGGGCAAAGCAAUGAAGAAAUGGGUUGAAUCUAUCACUAAAAUCAUUCAACGGAAAAAAAUGGCAAGAGACAAUGGACCAGGACAUAAUAUUACAUUUGAAAGUUCACCACCUGCAGUUGAAUGGCAUAUAAGCAGACCUGGACACACAGAAACUUUUGAUCUGCUCACCUUGCACCCAAUAGAAAUUGCUCGACAGCUCACUUUACUUGAGUCAGAUCUCUACAGAGCUGUACAGCCAUCAGAAUUAGUUGGAAGUGUGUGGACAAAAGAAGACAAAGAAAUUAAUUCUCCUAACCUUCUGAAAAUGAUUCGCCACACAACUAAUCUUACUUUGUGGUUUGAAAAGUGUAUUGUAGAAGCAGAAAACCUAGAGGAAAGAGUAGCUGUGGUGAGCCGAAUAAUUGAGAUUCUUCAAGUCUUUCAAGAACUGAACAACUUUAAUGGUGUACUUGAGGUUGUCAGUGCCAUGAAUUCAUCACCUGUUUAUAGACUGGACCACACGUUUGAGCAAAUUCCAAGUCGCCAAAAGAAAAUUCUAGAGGAAGCUCAUGAACUGAGUGAAGAUCACUAUAAAAAAUAUUUGGCAAAACUCAGGUCUAUUAAUCCACCAUGUGUGCCUUUCUUUGGGAUUUAUUUGACAAAUAUCUUGAAAACGGAAGAAGGCAAUCCUGAGGUUUUGAAAAGACAUGGAAAAGAACUCAUAAACUUUAGCAAAAGAAGAAAAGUUGCAGAAAUAACAGGAGAGAUACAGCAGUACCAAAAUCAACCAUAUUGUUUGCGAGUAGAAUCUGAUAUCAAAAGAUUCUUUGAAAAUUUGAAUCCAAUGGGAAAUAGCAUGGAAAAAGAAUUCACAGAUUAUCUUUUCAACAAGUCACUGGAAAUUGAACCAAGAAACCCUAAGCCUCUACCGAGAUUUCCAAAAAAAUAUAGUUAUCCCCUCAAGUCUCCUGGUGUUCGUCCAUCAAACCCAAGACCAGGUACCAUGAGACACCCCACACCACUGCAGCAGGAACCAAGGAAGAUCAGUUACAGCCGCAUCCCUGAAAGUGAAACAGAAAGUGCAGCAUCAGCACCUAAUUCUCCACGGACCCCGUUAACACCUCCUCCAGCUUCUGGUGCUUCCAGUACCACUGAUGUGGGCAGCGUGUUUGAUUCUGAGCAUUCAAGCCCUUUUCACUCAAGCAGCGAUACCAUCUUUAUCCAAGUUACACUGCCCCAUGGCCCAAGAUCUGCUUCAGUAUCCUCAAUAAAUUUAACUAAGAGCAUUGAUGAAAUGCCCAUCCCCCCACCAGUGCCCCCAAGAAGACGACCAGAAUCCGCUCCAGCAGAAUCUUCUCCCUCAAAGAUUAUGCCCAAACAUUUGGAUAGUCCUCCAGCAAUUCCUCCUCGGCAACCCACAUCAAAAGUCUAUUCACCACGUUACUCCGACCGGACCUCGAUCUCUGAUCCUCCAGAAAGCCCUCCCCUUUUACCACCACGAGAACCUGUGAGGACACCUGAUGUUUUCUCCAGCUCACCACUACAUCUCCAGCCACCCCCUUUGGGCAAAAAAAGUGAACAUGGCAAUACUUUUUUCCCAAACAGCCCCUCCCCCUUUACCCCACCACCUCCUCAAACACCUUCUCCUCACGGCACAAGGAGGCACCUACCAUCACCACCAUUAACACAAGAUGUGGACCUUCAUUCCAUCCCUGCGCCUCCUGUUCCUCCACGGCAAAGCACUUCUCAACACAUCCCAAAACUUCCUCCAAAAACUUAUAAAAGGGAACACACACACCCUUCCAUGCAUAGAGAUGGACCACCUUUGUUGGAGAAUGCCCAUUCCUCCUGAGUACUCUUGUGCUGGGAUAAACGUUUUCCUGGCUCAAAGUCCAUUGCUGGCAAUGGAUGCACUGAACCUGCCAGCACUGAGGAGUUAAACAUAUACUCCAAACACUAAAUACUCUACUUUAAAAUGCAGUAUCCAGUGAAUUGUAAGCCUGAUAUGUAGUAUAAAAAGAAUUGGAUAUUCCUGUUUGGAAUGCAGAAAAACAGAUGUUGAGUAAUUGGACAAUUGAUUGCACCUAGCGAUGGGAUAAAGGGACUUUUCUAGCCAACAGGCAGGAGUUGUGUUUGUGUAUUGGUUUUUAUCAACAAAGGGACAGAAAGUGUAGUCUGGUGUCCAGCAGGCCCAUAUGGUAACAGUUUUUGUAACUCAAACAUUAUGCACUUUUUUUUUUUAAUCUUAAACAGGGAUCUUUUUAUCCUUCUUCAUUUUCCUUUGCUUUGUUCUCCCUAUUUUAGAAUAUGUUCUUGAAAACCAUUAAGAGGACUGUGAGGAAGAUCUGUGGUACCUAACCUUGUGUAGAACAAGGCAAGAGCACUGUGUUGCAGUCCUGUUUACAGAUUCUAAGGGAGAGUCAGUAACGACGGUGGAUUUAUGUUUUCCACCCAUGUGUCCUUUAUGCACUCAUUGGUGCUUAUCUGAACAUAAGAGUACUCAUGAUUUUCCUUAGUACUGGCAGUAUUCUUGCUGACCAUCUUCAGAAUAGCAACACCACCACCACCACCCCAAUAUGCACUUAAAACCAGGUCCGAUUGCACUGCAGCUGAGUAUCAAAGUUUUGCUAUUUUUUUUUUUUUUCCUGUCAACAGACUUGAAACCAAGUAAAAUAUACUGUAGACCACAUGGGCAGUUUUUCCCUUUUUAAAAAGCCGUACAAUUAACGAGAACUUUUCCAAACUGUAAAUAUAUGAUUGUCUCCCCAAGAACAGAAGAGCAAAAAAGAAGUUACAGAAGCGACCAAAUCUCCACUGACAAAAGUUUCAAGCCUACACAUUUUCUGAGGGGACAGAGAUAGAAUAUCAGGGCAGGCACUUCCUACUGUGAACUUCAUGGUGCUAUGAAGUCAGCAGUUUGGGCUCAAAAGCCUGGUGUUUCAACAAGAAUUUUUCUCCAACAAGAUGAUAACUAAUCCCCACCUUGCCAAAGCAAUAUUAGAAUGCAACAGUUCACCAUGAAUUAGGAGCUAUAUUUGAUGUGCAGUCCUGACUUUGUACCUUCUGAUUGUUCUUUUUCACUUUAGGGCCACUUGUAAGUGCAAUAAUUGGGGAGGACACAUGUUCAGUGAUGCUACAGAUGGUCAGAAGUUCCUCAUUGGCCGGACUCCUUACCAAUAACCUUUUUCUGGUAGAAUAAGAAAUUUGGCAGUCUUUGGAAUAUAUAGGGGAUAAUUUACAUUGCAAAAAGGUGUAUUUGUGUUUCUAGAAUCAACUGUUGGGAUGCUAAACCUAAAUCACCAUAUUUAUUGACUCUCCCUCAUACAGUGAUUAGUGUGGGUACCUGGGCUUCACCAAAGAGGUACUUUUUUUUCUCUGUUUUAAAGAAUAAUUAUAGUGCCAGUCCACAAAGGAUUUCUUUUUUGUUAUUUUAUUUUGGUUUUGGUUUUUGUUGUGUUGUUUUUGUUGGGCUUUUUGUUUGUUGUUUUAUUUUGCCAGAAAGCAUAAUCGGGUAUUAAUUGCCUUCUUCACGCAAGGAACAAUGAAAGUCUUAUGUCAUUAAAUGACAGUGGAAAUGAAAAAAAUAAUGCUAUUGUCAAUUAAAUAUGCUACUCACUUUUAGGAGACUGUUAAGCCUACGCUAGUUUGUCACCUCCCUCCAACCCCCUCAAGGUUUACUGAUAAUCCAUUUCAUGGCUCAUAGCUGUACUGCUUUUAAUGAAGCCAUGGAAAUGCAGGCACUCAAUGUGAAAAGGAAUACUUGCUGGGCAUCAAUGACAAGUGUCAUGUUUGAUUAACAGCUGAGUAAUCGGCAUCUCGAGAUUACCUUGCAGUUGCUUCAAUCAUGUGUAUAUAAUGAAUGUUGCAUAAAUAUACUUGGCAGGUUCAUUUUAAUUUAAUUGAAAUAAAGAUGCAGAUAUUUCA